AUGAAACUCAUCCUCUUCCUCCCCCUCGUCGCCGCCGCACCCCUCCCCGGCUUCAAACGGUGGAGUUACCUUCACGGGUACUACCCUGCCGCCCAGCCCGCCCAACCCACCCAACCCGCCGCUCCGCCUGCGCCGCCGCCCAACCCCCACAUCCCGCCCAUCUACCAGAACGCGACGGACUGGUGGGUCGCCGGGACAUUUCUUCACGGCAAAUGGCGCUCCGGCCAGUGGGAUGGCACCGACAACACGGCCGGCGCGGUCAUGUAUGUCGACGACAAAAACGUCGCCGUCACUGUCGUGCCACUCUGA